GAAGGCGCGGGGGCCGCGGGCGCUUCCUGCCGCGACUCCCAGCGCGUGCCUUUGUUUGCGGCCGCGGGGGACGCGCGGACAUUACUCACUCCGCGCCUAAUCCGUGAGGUUAACUCUAUUAGAGUUAGAAACGGUCAAUUGAUCUCGCGCACCGAUCUCGGUCGGUCGUGGUGGUUCGCGAGCAGCGAGCAGCGAGGCGCGAGUGCUAGUGCGAUGCGGGCGUGGGCGGCGUGGGCGUGCGCGGGCGCGCUGUGGCUGUGGGCGGGCGCCGGCGGCUCGCUGCUGCCGCUGGAGGCGGAGCAGUUGCGCGCCAGCGUCGGAGGGUUCGCUGUUAUGAACUGCCACCUCGACUUUCCCUUCGGGAAUGAAAUACCUUAUCAUUUGCAGUGGGAUAAAGAUGGCGAGACGAUCUUCUCGUGGUACAGCGGCGAGGGCGCGGCGCGCGUGGCGGACCGCUGGGGCGGGCGCGUGCGGCGCGUGGCGGACGGCCGGCUGGGGCUGGGCCGCGGCUCCAUCAACGUCAGCGCCGUGCGCGAGACCGACGGCGGCCUGUACCGCUGCCGCGUCGCCUUCCCCAACCGCACGCCGCCCGAGCGCAACAACGGCACCUUCUACCGCCUCGACGUCGACGGCGGGAACCUGAUCGUGACGCCGCCGAUGAACGUGACGGUGCUGGAGGGCGCGCGCGCGGAGCUGGAGUGCCUACCCAAGAGCCGCGCGUGGGAGGUGGCGUGGUUCCGCGACGGCGCGCCCGUGGAGCGCCUGCCCGAGCUGGCGGCGCGCGCGCAGCUGGCGCCCAACGGCAGCCUGGUGCUGCGCGCCGCCGCCAGCGCCGACCCCGGCCGCUACGAGUGCCGCGUGCGCGACGCCGCCGGCCAGCAGCAGGUGGCCAGCGCCUACCUCGACGUGCAGUACAAAGCGAAGGUGGUGUACUCGCCGAAGGAGCAGUACCUGCCAUACGGCAAGCCGGCCAGCCUGGACUGCCACUUCAGCGCCAACCCGCCGCUCACCAACCUGCGCUGGGAGAAGGACGGCUUCCUCUUCGACCCCUACAACGUGCCCGGCGUGUUCUACAGCCGCAACGGCAGCUUGCUCUUCAACCAGGUGGACGAGUCGCACGAGGGCGAGUACUCGUGCACGCCGUACAACGCGCUGGGCUCGGAGGGCGCGUCGCCGGGCGUGCGCGUGCGCGUGCAGCGGCCGCCCGCGCUGGCCGCGCGCCCGCGCCCGCUGUACGUGGCGCGCCUCGGCGACGCGCUCACGCUGCCCUGCGCGCUCGAGGCGCGCCCGCACGACCUCCCCGCCACGCUCCGCUGGACCAGGAAAGACGGAAGCGAGUUGCCCGUGGGCCGUUAUUCGAUCACGGACGGUAACCUGACGAUAUCGGACAUCGCGGAGGAAGACCGCGGCGUGUACGUGUGCUCCGCGCGCAACGACGCCGCCGCCGUGGCCGUGGAGGCCGAGAUCCUCGUCGAGAACGUGCCGCCGCGGGCGCCCUACAACCUUUCCGCGGCGCCCGCGCUCGACUCGGUGCACCUUUGUUGGGUGCCAGGUCACAACGGCCUGGAGGUGGACUACACGGUGUGGUACCGCGAGCGCGCGGUGAGCGAGUGGCGCACCAUGCGCAUCCUGUCGCGCGGCGUGACGGACGCCACGCUGGUGGGGCUGCGGCCCGGCGCCGACUACGAGGUGCGCGUGCUCUCGCAGGACCACAUCGGCGAUGGACUCUUCAGCAAACCUAUCUUCGUGCGAACUUUGGACCCCGAGACGGCGGAGACGGGCGCGACGGCGUUUGCGGCGGCCACGGAGGCGACGGCGGCGGCGGCGGCGGGCGAGCUGCAGGUGUGGGCGCGCCUGCUGGACGAGGGCGCGCUGGUGCGCUGGCGCGGCGCGGGCGCGGCCGAGCGCUGCACGCUGCGCUGGUACGCGGGCCCGGCGCCCGGCGAGCGCCUGCUGGCCACGGCGCACACGCAUCACGAUUACAUGCUCGUGAGCGAGAUCGAGGAGGGCGCGUCGUACUGGGCGCGCGUGGAGUGCGCGCAGGGCGGCGCGGGCGGCGCGGCGCUGCAGGUGCCGGCCUACGCGCGCCUGCGCACGGCCGCCGCCGCCGCCGCCGCCGCGCUGCUGCUGGCCGCGGCCGCGCUCGCCGCCUACUUCGCCCGCCGCCGCCUCGCGCGAGCGCGGCCCGGCUCCGCGAAGCGUGUUCGCUGA